UGCUCGCUCCGCCAGUCUAUACAUCAAGCAGUCAAGCAAUUAUUUAGUCAACGACAAGCCAACUGCCGUCUGCUCAGCGCCCUAGUCAUUUCACCGUUGACCGUCGUCGCUCGCUAUCCACCGAGUUUGUUUGCGGUUGUUCUGUUCCUAACUUUUUGGACAAGUCAUAUCAAGACUUAAUUCAUUCCUAUAAUCUUAAAAGAACUCCCUAUAUUAAUUUAAAAUGGCAGCCAAAACUCCAGCUGUUGGUAUUGAUUUGGGUACAACCUACUCGUGUGUUGGUGUUUUCCAACAUGGUAAAGUAGAGAUCAUUGCUAAUGAUCAAGGAAACCGUACUACACCCAGUUAUGUUGGUUUCACUGAUACUGAACGUCUCAUUGGUGAUGCUGCUAAAAAUCAGGUUGCUAUGAACCCCAACAACACAAUCUUCGACGCUAAACGAUUGAUUGGAAGACGCUUUGAAGAUGCAACUGUACAAGCUGAUAUGAAACACUGGCCUUUUGAAGUAAUCAGUGAUAGUGGUAAACCAAAGAUCAAAAUUUCCUACAAAGGAGAAAACAAAAUCUUCUCACCAGAAGAGGUAUCAUCUAUGGUUUUGACCAAAAUGAAAGAAACUGCUGAAGCCUACCUAGGAAAAACGGUAACAAACGCAGUUAUCACUGUACCUGCAUAUUUCAACGACUCCCAACGUCAAGCUACCAAAGAUUCUGGUACCAUUGCUGGUUUGAAUGUAAUGCGUAUCAUCAAUGAACCUACAGCUGCUGCCAUUGCAUAUGGUCUAGAUAAGAAAACAUCUGGAGAACGCAACGUUCUGAUCUUUGAUUUGGGUGGUGGUACUUUUGAUGUAUCCAUCUUGACCAUUGAAGACGGUAUAUUUGAAGUCAAAUCGACUGCCGGAGACACUCACUUGGGUGGAGAAGAUUUUGACAAUAGAAUGGUCAAUCACUUUGUGCAAGAGUUCAAACGCAAGUACAAGAAAGAUGUGACCACUAACAAAAGAGCCCUAAGACGUUUGAGGACUGCCUGUGAACGUGCAAAGCGUACUCUUUCCUCAUCCACCCAAGCAAGCAUUGAAAUUGAUUCCUUGUUUGAAGGUGUUGAUUUCUACACAUCUAUCACUCGGGCUCGUUUUGAAGAAUUGAAUGCUGAUCUUUUCCGUAGCACCAUGGAACCAGUAGAGAAAUCUCUGCGUGACGCCAAGAUGGAUAAAUCUGCCGUCAACGACAUUGUGUUGGUUGGAGGUUCUACCCGUAUCCCCAAAGUACAGAAAUUGUUGCAAGACUUCUUCAACGGUAAAGAGUUGAACAAAUCCAUCAAUCCCGAUGAAGCUGUAGCCUAUGGUGCAGCAGUGCAAGCCGCCAUCUUGCACGGAGACAAAUCUGAAGAAGUCCAAGACUUAUUGUUGCUUGAUGUCACCCCUCUAUCUUUGGGUAUUGAAACUGCUGGUGGUGUAAUGACUGCUCUCAUCAAGCGUAACACAACCAUCCCAACUAAACAGACCCAAACUUUCACUACCUACUCUGAUAAUCAACCUGGAGUCUUAAUUCAAGUAUAUGAAGGAGAACGUGCUAUGACCAAAGACAACAAUUUGUUGGGAAAAUUCGAGCUAACUGCUAUUCCUCCUGCACCACGUGGAGUCCCUCAAAUUGAAGUCACCUUUGACAUUGACGCCAAUGGUAUUUUGAAUGUUAGCGCUAUUGAAAAGUCCACCAACAAAGAAAAUAAGAUCACCAUCACUAAUGACAAGGGACGUUUGAGCAAGGAAGAUAUUGAGCGCAUGGUUAAUGAUGCCGAGAAAUACAAGAAUGAAGACGAAAAACAGAAAGGUAUUAUUGCAGCCAAGAACGGCUUGGAAUCCUACUGCUUCAACAUGAAGAGCACAAUGGAAGAUGAAAAAAUCAAGGACAAGAUUCCAGAUACCGACAAGACCACAAUUAUGGAUAAAGUCAACGAUACUAUCAAGUGGUUGGAUGCUAACCAACUGGCUGAAAAAGAAGAAUAUGAACACAAGCAAAAAGAAUUAGAGGCCAUUUGCAACCCAAUCAUCACAAAAUUGUAUGCUGGAGCUGGAGGUGGUAUGCCUAGUGGCAUGCCCGGUGGUAUGCCAGGAGGUUUCCCUGGUGGUAUGCCAGGAGGUUUCCCCGGCGGUGAUGGUGGUGCUGGAGCUCCUGGUGCAGGUGCUGGCCCAACUAUUGAAGAGGUUGAUUAAUAAACUAAUCUAAAAUUAUGCACAUUCCUUAAAUUUAAUAAAAUGUAUUCCUUAUCUUAUUGAGAAACAAUGGUAACAUUUAUCCUUUA